AUGAUUAUCAUUGGAGAUGACAUAACGGGUAUUUCUAGUCUCCAACAGUUUCUCCAUCGCCAGUUUGAGAUGAAAGAUUUGGGUUUGCUUAACUACUUUCUUGGCUUAGAAAUUUCUCAAGAUUCAUCUGGUUACUUUCUUGCCCAGGCCAAGUAUACUUCUGAUCUCUUGGCUCAUACUGGCCUUACCAAUUACAAGACUAUCACUAUUCCAGUUGAUCCUCAGGCUCGUCUUACACCUCUUGACAGUUCCAUAUUAUCUGAUGUAAUUUUAUAUCGUCAACUAGUUGGCAGUUUUGUCUAUCUCAUAGUUACUCAUCCAGAUAUUUCUUAUACUAUUCACAUUGUUAGUCAAUUCAUGGCUUCCCGCCGCUGUCCACACUAUGAUGCUCUGAUUCAUAUUUUGCACUAUCUCAAAGGCACUCUGUUUCAUGGUCUUCACUACUCCGCUCACAAGAAGCAAACUCUUGUUGCUCGCUCUAGUACCGAGGCUGAGUAUCGUGCUCUUGUUGAGACUACUCAGGAGCUUAUGUGGCUUUGUUGGCUUCUUUCUGAUAUGGGAGUUUCUCAUUCUGCUACCACCAAUCUUUAUUGUGACAACUAG